ACGCAGAAUCACCAUGUUUGGAGAGAAUUGGCGUUUUAGGACCCUGUGGAGGAGCAGCUCUUGUCCUCUCCUCUGUGGCUUUCAUGUAGGUCUGUGGUAAGUGUUGAUCUGAUUGAGCUCUAGCGGAGGAAUGAAGAAAACCGCGGACGGUCACGCGCGUCCAGCAUGCGCUCAUACAGCUCUGCGCGUCUCACCUCAUCAUGACCCGCGCUCACCUCAACUAUAGCGACUGUUCUUGAAUUAUACAGUUCUUUGAUUUGUGGACUACUGGGACUAAUAUAUAUGUAUAUAUAGCCUAUAUUUUAACAACUUCUUUGAUUAGCUGUGUAAAAGUUGAAGAGAACAGCAUUUGGGCUGUUGUUUGACUGAUUUCUUAAAUGCAUGUCAUUUGUUGAAAGUCAUAAGAAGGAAGAAAUAACAAAAACAACCAGCAGAAACAACAUCUAAAAGCUAAUUUAUUCAAGGAUCCGCGCGUUGACUAAAAGGAAAUAAACAUGUCCAGCAGAAGCAUCGAGUGGGAGCAUUUCGAGGAGCGAGAGAAGGGUCACCGGUCCCCGCGGGGCAGUAGCGCUUCUCAUUCCGGCUCGCGGGGUAACGGGCUCGUGCCCAGUCCCGCUCACAGUGCGCACUGUAGUUUCUACCGCACACGCACGCUGCAGUCGCUCACCUCAGAGAAGAAAGCGAAAAAAGUUCGCUUCUAUCGGAACGGUGAUAAGUACUUUAAGGGCUUGGUGUACGCGGUGUCCGGUGACCGCUUCAGAUCUUUCGACGCGCUGCUGAUGGAGCUCACCCGCUCCCUCUCGGACAAUGUGAAUUUACCGCAAGGAGUCCGGAACAUCUAUGCUAUGGAAGGAGGGAAGAAGAUCAUCAGCCUGGAUGAGUUAAUAGAAGGUGAAAGCUAUGUGUGUGCUUCCAGUGAACCCUACCGUAAAGUGGACUAUACCAAGAACAUCAAUCCCAACUGGUCAGUCAAUGUGAAGACGGGCACAUCCCGCUCACUGCCAUCUCUUACCACCUCAAAGAAUGAGCUAAGAGAACAAGAAAGUAAAGACUUCAUCAAACCCAAGUUGGUGACGGUCAUCAGGAGUGGCGUCAAACCCCGUAAAGCUGUCCGGAUCCUCUUGAAUAAGAAGACUGUGCACUCCUUUGAGCAGGUGCUCACAGACAUCACUGACGCCAUUAAACUGGAUUCUGGGGCUGUGAAAAGACUCUAUACUCUGGAAGGCAAACAAAUUAUAUGUUUGCAAGACCUUUUCGGGGACGAUGAUGUAUUCAUCGCAUGUGGCCCUGAGAAGUACCGUUAUGCGCAGGACGAUUUUGUGUUGGAUCACAGUGAAUGUGAGGUCCUCAAGUCGUCCUAUUCUUCUCGUUCUGCUCCCCCUGUGAGAUACUCUGGUAGUAAAAGUCCAGGACCCACCCGCCGCAGCAAAUCCCCUGGAUCUGUGAGAAGAACAGCAGGACACUUCUCUGCAAAUAGUCAGUCUCCAGUCAAAUCACCAAUAAAUGGAGUGCCGAACAGCCAAAUCACUACCCCCAAAUCUGCAAAAGCCUCCAGUUCCUCUCCUACCAGCCCCCGCAGCAUGCGUAACUUCAAGAUUCCAGCACAUCACUCCUCUGCAACCAAUGUGAACGGCUCCUCUGAGACUCCCCCACAACACAACAACAGUGUGAGCCCUGAAGUUAAUGGAAACAGGAACAUUACUGCUUCCACUAUUUUGGACAAGUACAAAAUUGGCAAAGUUAUAGGUGAUGGGAACUUUGCUGUGGUAAAGGAGUGUGUCGAACGAUCCACUGGAAAGGAGUUUGCACUGAAGAUCAUCGAUAAAAACAAAUGCAGAGGCAAAGAGCACCUGAUCGAGAGUGAGGUGGCAGUGUUGAGGCGAGUUAAGCAUCCUAAUAUAAUCAUGCUGAUUGAGGAGGUGGAUACGCCCACUGAGCUCUAUCUAGUCAUGGAGCUUGUGAAGGGUGGAGAUCUGUUUGAUUCAAUCACCUCCUCGACAAAAUAUACUGAAAGAGAUGCUGGUGUCAUGGUAUUGAACCUGGCGGCAGCUCUCAAAUAUCUGCACAGAAUGUGUAUCGUCCAUCGUGACAUCAAACCUGAGAAUCUGCUGGUGUGUGAGUACCCUAAUGGUAUAAAGUCAUUAAAGUUGGGUGAUUUUGGCUUGGCCACAGUGGUUGAAGGGCCGCUUUACACUGUUUGCGGAACACCUACAUAUGUUGCCCCAGAAAUCAUAGCAGAGUCGGGAUAUGGGCUGAAAGUGGACGUAUGGGCUGCUGGUGUAAUUACCUACAUCCUCCUAUGUGGCUUUCCACCUUUCCGCAGUGAGAAUAACCUCCAGGAGGACCUAUUUGAUCAGAUCCUAGUGGGGCGUUUAGAGUUCCCCUCACCCUUUUGGGACAAUAUCACAGAUUCUGCUAAAGAGUUGAUUGGUCACAUGCUGCAGGUGAAUGUGGAAGCAAGAUACACAGCAGAGGAUGUUCUGUCUCACCCCUGGGUCACGGUAAAUGAGGGUGCUGCAAUGGAAAACAAUAUGAAGAUGGAGGUGGCAGGUAAACUCAAAAAGCACUUUAACGCUGUGCAGAAACAGAGCAACAUUUUCCCUGGAGCCUCUGUUAUUGUGAACACAGCUCUAGAUAAGGAAACCAUCCAGCUUUCUCGCCGGCGUCAGGAACGCAGCCCCCCUCCCCCAGGAAAGAGCCCUUCCUCCACCCACCCAGAGAGACGACGCUCCCAUAGGGGACGCUCAUCUGUCCAAUCAGAGGACUCUAGGAGUGCUGCUCCCAUUGAGCCUUUAGCCUCAACAACCCCCAAUGCACCAUCAGCACCUCUGCCCUCCCCUCACUAUGCCCAACCUCCCCACUUCACAGAAUGCAGUGCUGAGGCUGAGGCUGAGGUCAGCAAGGGCCUGCAGAUGAAAGAAUAAUACUACUUAGGGAAACAACAUGGAGACAGUUUCAAAUAUAAAUCCAUAAAUACAUAUGCAGUAUAGCAACUCUGCGAAGCUUUGAAACUUAAUAUUAGCUAUAAGGCCAGAAUACACUACAUGAUGUUUCCCCCGAUUUGUAUAAUCUGUACGAGUACAUUGUCCAAAGUAAGAGCCAGUCUGCAGAUUUCACAAGCCAACUUGUCAAUUAUGAGCAGCACAGACUUCAAUUUCUUUAGUUACAGAUUAUCAUUCCACCAGUUAAGAGAAUAUCAAACUUGUUGAUAUUUGUGACGAUUAUAGAACACAUAUAUUGACAUUUGUGUGUCUUGAGGUGAGUUUGUUCUGAGUGAGAUUCUUGCGUUUGGAAAGGCUUGAAAGCAGGGUUG